AUGCCUCUCGGGGCUGACGCCGUCGCAGGUGCUGCGGCAGCCCACAUGCACAAUAUUCCCAGUGCCGGGCAGGAGGCCGCGCGCCUGGUGGAACUCGAUUCUGACAAGGGACGCUGGCGUCAAGUCGCGAAGGACUGGUUUGCGCGCGGGCUCGCCAUCACGCCGAACUCGGGCAAGCUGCAGCACUAUCCCGGACUGCUAUGCCGCGAUGAGGACGGCACGGACGAGGAGCUCCGCGGGGUGUACCACUUCGUCAAGAGUAUGGUCGCCUUCCACCCGUUCUCCACCGCACGCGAAUCCGUGCUCGCGAUGUGGUCCCCGGCAGCGCAGGCCCAGCGCCAGGCGCCUGACGCGCGUCUUACGGAGCUCUUCGUCCUCUUGCACGGGAUGCUGUUCACCAACAUCCAGCUCGACGACUUCAAGCGCGUUUUGGAGCGCUUCCAGAAGAAGCCCGAGAUCGGAGAUGGCGAGCAGGUCGAAGAGCGGGAGUGGAUCAUGAUGGCGCUGAUCAACAUCGGGUCCCUGCUCGAAUACAGCCACCAGACCGCCGUGCUGCGUCGCGUGUCGGGCAUCGAGGCCCGUAGCGUCAGUGGUCCGAGCCUCAGCCCCACCCUCCCGACUGGAGUCACCGCGGGUAAGGUCAAGGUUCUCAUGGCCAAGCGUCUUGACGGUGACACCUCCCGCAUGGACAUCGACGACGAGGACGGCGAGGGCAGGCAGGGCGCGAGCGAGACCCCCAACGGUUCGACCCCGACCGCGCAGGAGUUGGAGCUCCCCGCCACGCUCAGACAUGUGACGCGGCUGACGUUCAUGAUGCUCUUGCACACGCUCCGCCACCCCUUGCACCGCCCGAGCGACAUGACGUCCUGCAUGUGCGAGGCCGAGGAGCAGCAGCUGUGGGAGGAUAACUGGAUUGAGGUAGAUGCCGGCGACAAAAUGUGCAUGGAUGGCGGGACUUCUGCUGUGGUCAUUGAGCUCAAUUAG